AUGGCGUACUCCGACUCGCCAGUCACCGUUCGGCGAGAUACGAGCCACGAAUCCAGAAAUGCAUGGCCCACGAAAGCACAUCGCUAUGGUGCCUAUGCCAACGACGACGAAGACACCUGUCAAGACUUCAUGCGCGCCUUUGGAGAGUCUGACGAUUGUGCCUCUCAAGGUGACCUGGUCAAGGAGUUCUGUUCCAGCGCGACACUUGAAGGACUCUUUGACGAACAAGUAGGGCAAACCUCGUCCAUUCCACGCUCUACUGCUUGGUUGCUUGAUAGCGGUGUCAAAGAGGGCAAAAGAAGGAUCUUCGGGCCACUGACGGCAAAUCAAUUGUACAAUGAGCUCUCGCGGUCUCAUUGUAAGUCCCCUGAAGGCGGUUGUCCAGUCGAUCAGGCAGUUGGCCCCGGACAAAAUGAAGCGUCUGAGGAGUUUUUACCUACACCUCGUCCGACCUCAAUACAAUCUGGGGACACCUAUGGAUCAAUAAGGCAAGAUGGCCAUGGGGGAAGUCCACAAGAGUGCUUGCAGGAGAACGAGAAGGUAGUGAGUGAUUCACGAAAACGAAUCAUUUACAUCUACGAUCCUGAUCAAUGGAGUUUCCUCGCCCUAAUUUGUAAGGCAUCUUACACUCAGUCUUUCGGACUCCGUACCGCUCUUUACAGGCAUCUGGCACCUGACCCUUAUUUCGAAAUGGCAGUGACAUCUGAAGGUCACCGAAUUUUCCAAAUCGCAUUUCAUCUGCCAUACUACGCUUUGAGAAGAUCUCAGGAACCUCAACCCGACCAUCGUCGAGGCAGAAACGGAGAAGUGCUAAGGCGGUGUAUGAACCUCUCCUUGCUUGACAUGGGGGAUCAUAGCCCCAUUUUCGUCUACGAAGCGGACAUCACUGUAGUAGUCACUGGUACCAGCGAACAGAGCUGGUCCGCAUAUUGCUUCUCCGACACCAGAUUCGAUGGUGAAACCGAGGACCGAGAUCAUGUGGAACCUCAUAAGAACGUUCUCGAAAAAGAAGACCCUUGCUCUCCUCACGCAAUUUGGAAAGAUUGGACAGACGGCUGUUCGGACGAUUAUCUGCAUGCAAGAGAGUACUUCCUGUGUAUCUUAGGUCAUCGUCUCGCCCUAUCGAUCUGCCGUCGGGAGCAGCAUGAGAUCUUCCAACCUCUCACGCUCUCAAGUGAUCGAAAGUAUAGCGUUGAGGAGGAGGUAUCGUGUUGGAGACUCCACGCAUGGGUAGCAGUUGUCAAAGAAAAGGUUGAAUCUUUUAGCGAGCGGCUAUCCGCAACUGUUGAGGCAUGCGAGGAGUUUUUGCUAGAUUACGAUAGGGACUUUCAGGAAGCCUCGACGAAAUGCGACAAGUCGCAUCUUGAGAUUUUGAAAAGGACCAAAGAGCUCAAACGUCUGAAGAGGACACUCGAGUGUUUGGAAAAACGUCUUAUCGCUUUUGAAAGAAAGCCUGGCCAUCAGCUGAAAUAUAAGCAGAUUGAGCUCUGGAUUCAACUGCAGGCGAUCACACAAGCCAGCCUUACGGCCAAAUCGGCGAGGAACAGCGCGCCUGUGACCUCGGUCUUCCUGCUUUUCUAUUCGCCCUUAAUUCUGGGAAUUGGCAUAUUUUCUAUUCCUGAUGAUCAAGUCAGACUCAUACGAGAGAUCUAUCCGACCUCCGCCCCUAGUGUCAUAAAGGCAUUGAUUAUCUCGGCCGUGGUCUUUGGUAUGUUGAGCGUGGCUGUGCCUCUGCUGAGUGAGCUGCAAAUGGGAAUGCAGAAGGUGUUUCAGACCGCGAUGUCAUUGUCAUUCUAUCCACUUGGUAAGCAGGCAUACCGACUUCAAGUGCGACUUCUUGAGUGUUUGGAUUCCUCGAGGAUCGAUUCUAUUCCACCGCUUUUGGCCAGUCAACGGCGUAAGACAUACAGGAACAUGGAGAACAGUGCGGACUGGGUGGCAGAGGAGAAAGGUCUGGCCUUCACACCGUACGAUCAAGGGGGCCACGGUGAUGGUGAAAUUGGCCGACUAAUCCAGCCUUCGCAUUCUACACUGAGCGAGAAAGAUGGAUCGGUGGAAGAAGAAGCUGCACAUGGCUGUUCUGAAGACUCUGAGGUCCUCAGGCACGAGCCUUCCACUUAUGACCACUUAAAAAUUUACUUCGAACGACUUAGUGGUCAGCAGCUUGUCUGGUGGCCGUUCACAGAGCCUGAUCGACCUAUUGCGGAUGGAAUGCGUCGAGUUGCGUCUCAGUGUGCUUGCGGCAUAAUGCUUCCGUAUGAUAUACCCAGAUACCCACACAGCAUCCAGAGCUCUACACCGAGAGCUUGGGGUACAAGUCCGUUUGGGCGCGCGGAUGCUUCUCGAUCGAGUCUCCCGAAUGGCAGUCCCAGAGCUCAUGGACAGAAUACCGGCCAAACACGUUCUGGCUCAAAUCAAACAGAUCAACUACCACGAGAAUUGACCGACUUCAGGUCCAGAACAGCGAGACCGAGCCCCCAAGCCAGUGGUGAGUUCAUUGCUUUUUGUAUCGGUCAUCGUGAAGACAACGCCGAACUCGUCCAGCUAAAUGCGCUCGACCACAACGACCACACCUUAGUCGUCACAAUGUUGGCUGAGUACACGAAAAUCAUGGGCUGGUUCUACCUUUUUUGGACCAUGUCAACCUGUGAGAGUGUGCUAUUCAGAGAUGUACGAGUACAAGCCAGAUGCCAUUCAUCCCACAUACUGACCCAAAUGGACGGUUGA